CGCGACUUGUCCAGGGAGAAGAAGAGCAUCGCCACGGAAGAGGCGUGGGUGGCCUCGUCAGGAUUUCCAGUCGAUUUUCCGACGAUCGAGUUGAGGUUACCGACCUUCACCAGUUUUUCCUUCUCACGCACCUAGGCUUCUCCGCACUUGUGUACCUUGACUUUUUUUUUUACCUGUCCCGAAAAACGUAUUUCUUGCCUAAGCUACCGGAGAAUCUGGCGAACCAAUUAAAUUCUUUAACAACAGAGAUCUAUCAGAUUAAUAAAUAUUUGAGGUUAUUACAGUUGGCAAGAGGCAGAGACGGAUUUUGAAAUUUUAUUGCAAAAAUAGAUUUGUUUAACAGAUUUUAUCAUGAGAUAGAUACGAUUGGCAAUUUUGUCAUUUAUGUCGACGUAACAUUGUUUAUCUUGUACAAACUCUAACCGUAUCUAAAAGACGUUUCGAAGGGAUAUAUCUUCUGGAUCCAUGUGUUUGAAUAUAUUUUUUGAAAGAUAGCACUCUUUCGUCGAUUUCAUGAAUUCCACGUUAUUUCAGAGUACCGCGGUGAAACAGCCUUGUUUCUUUCGGAAAGAUGUACAGAACUUUCCGAUCCACGUGUGUAAUGAGAGCGUUUCGCCUGAAGCAUCGAUUAUCAAGCGCUAGGGACACCUCUUCUCCAGAGAACUCGGCCGGCGAAAGGGACGCACUUUACAUUUUUUCGCGCGCGAUCGGGAUUGCGCGUGAACUUUCACGCAUUCCUCGGCAACGCAUUCCUCGAACGUCGGUUUAAGGAAACGCUCCUUGUUUCCUCUCCGCAACUCCGUUUCCCUCCAACUUGACAAUGGAUUGGAAGAAUGUUGUAAGGCUGUGGUGAAACGGCAGAUCGACGGCGAUGAGUUGCUGCACUUGACGGAUGGGAAGCUGGCUCUCUGGAAGAGUGACCUCACGCGUCCACUGAUAGGAAAAUUAUGGACAUUUGUGCAAGAACUGAACAAAUAUCCAGAAAAAUAUCUGCCGAAUAGGAUUGUAGAAAUGCAACAAAACGAUGAUCACUUGAGCGACAGUGGUUCCUGGGGAACCGACUUCGAAGAUGAAACGGCCGAGGAAAAUAAUUCUAUUGACACACAAGAAAUCAUGAAACCAAGUCUGAUCAAGAGCAAGCAGGCAUCUCUACUGAAUAAUAGGAUACCAAUUAGCAGAAUAUCAACACGACCGUCAAAAACAAUAAUAAAACCGGAGGAGGAAGAGACUUAUGCAAAUUGCACGUCUCCUGAGGAAGAAAAUAUGUAUGCGAAUUUUCAGGAGACAAAGCUACCGCCGAUGAAAAACAUCUCGAGACUGCACAGUGACUUGGGGAAGAGUCUAGCCGGGAAACUGAAGUUGGAGCUGGAGGAGUUGAAGCGGAGGAAUGAUCCGUUGAAGAAACCUGAGAUCAGGCCAAAACCAGAAGCUCUGCCAUUGAAAAGAAUCCCGAUGACAGCUUCCGACAAGAAAUCUCCGCAGAAAUCUUUUCUGCACAAUUCCCCAAAGACGUUUGAACACAUGCCUAAUGAACAAGGCAAAACGCAAAAAAGAAUGAGCGUACCGCCGCCACCAGAACCUAAGAAAAAUGACUACACAUUUGUGAUCAAAAAAGGAGCCGAUAAGGAGUUAGUGAAAUCACCGCCGGUUAUCUUAAGAAAUUUCGACCUCGUGGCGAAUUUGCCGGCUAAAACAGAGGAGAGCGAGGACGAGUACGAGCCGUUCGACGAGAGUAUCAUCGAACAGGCGCAACAAAAGGCCGAGAUCUCGCGGGUCGAUAGCAAGCAAUCGUUGCACAGCGGUCGCCAGGGAUCAGUUGAAAGCGUUUACAAGCCACCUAGUUCUACGAGUUACGAGGAAGAGGAGGAUUAUGAGAUUUACGAAUCUAUCACAGAAGCUCCGGAGGAUAAUUACUUGAGUCCUAUUCAAAGGACAAAUGAUGCGCAAGAACCACCUCCCUUACCAGCCAAACCAUCGCCGCCCCCACCACCUUCGACUCUUCCCAGUAGAACCAGGUCGGAGAAACACAAAGAGCGAUCACCGGAUAAGAAAUCAGCCACGUUACCUCAUGCUGGCAGUAAUAGUUCGCUGUCAACCGAGAGAGCCACGCGGCCGUUACCACCGCCACCCGAGAGGCAAUCUUACGUGGACAAGCCUUGGUUUCAUAAUGUAACAAGGGAACAAGCAAUUAUUCUUAUUAAAGAACAAGGUACUUACAGCAAUCCGCAAAAUGGAUAUUUUCUCUUAAGACCGUCAACAACAAAUCCCGGCAAUCCGUUGGCCUUAGUUCUUUGGUUUAAAGACAGGGUCUACAAUGUACCAGUCAGAAAGAGAAAUGACAAUAGAUAUGCGUUGGGCUCCGCGAAAAUGAAUGAGCGAUCAUUCUCGACAGUCGAAGAGAUCGUGCAGUUGUAUAUGAAGGAGGAACUGAUACUCUACAGCGGCGGCGUGCCGACCGGAAGUACGAGAUUGACUGAUACUCCACCAAAGUGAUUUUAGUUUGCUACGUCCGAUUCUACUUUAAACGGGAAGAGGAAAGAUCUUCAUCGAUAAUUUUGCUAUACAUAAGAGUUAUACGCGACUUGAUAAACACUGCCGAGGAAAUACUUUUGCUAGACAUUGCGCGAGUAUGAAGAAUACAAUUAGCAGGCUGACGAGCAAGAAUUGGAGCGGUGUUUUUGUAUAUUUACUAUGUAUAUAUAUAUAUAUAUAUAUAUAUAUAUAUAUAUAUAUAUAUAUAUGUAUGUAUGUAUGUAUGUAUGUAUGUAUGUAAAUUAAUUCCUAUUCUCGUAAUCGCACAAGACAUUGCUGUUUUAGUAUUAUUCCAACGUCAAAUUCUGAUUCAAUUUCUUGUCUAAGAUUCAUUUCGAUGACAAUUAUGUGUGCCUUCGAUAAAGUGACGUAAAUGAGCUCGAUUAUUGAGCAACAGAUCUCUAUUGCGAUAGAUACACAUAUAUAUUUUUAAUAUAUAUCUCAAUCUUUUACUAACUGGAUAUAUUUAUAGCCGAUAUGUGUCUAAAAGAAUAGCUUUGUAAGACGAAUUUUGCGAAUGCUUUGUUAAGUGGGAAAAUAAUAUUGUAUCGUUAUUUUUUUAUCAGUAUUGUUAUAUUUUUGUCCACGUAUCGACCACUCGUUUGAUCUGCGGCGAUUCGUGAUUGGUCACUCACGUGAACAUGGGCUAUCUCUCGACUUUCGAGGGGCCGAUACAAUGAUGUGUAAGAGGACUUUAUUAAAUCUUUUUUAAGAAACU